AUGGGUAGAAGCCUUUGUUGUUCCAAAGAGGGAUUGAACAGAGGAGCUUGGUCUGCUCAAGAAGACAAACUCCUCAUGGAUUACAUUAAAAUCCAUGGUGAAGGAAAAUGGAGAGACCUUCCCAGUAAAGCAGGUCUGAAGAGAUGCGGAAAGAGUUGUAGGCUUCGUUGGUUGAAUUAUCUGAGACCAGACAUCAAGAGGGGGAACAUAAACCAUGAUGAGGUGGAGCUCAUUAUCAGGCUUCACAGGCUCCUGGGGAAUAAAUGGUCGCUGAUAGCAAGGAGGCUUCCCGGACGAACAGACAAUGAAAUCAAGAACUACUGGAACACUAAAUUAGUAAAGAAGGUGCAAGAUCAUCCUAAAACAAAGAAAAAGAAGCCAAUCGAGUCAUCACCGACGACCAACAGGGAAUCUAGAGUGGUUCGGCCCAAGGCAGUGAGGUGCAGCAAAGUUUUUCUCAGUCCACCAUGCAACCAGCUGGUUGAACACGUCAACAUUAUUGAUGCCAGUGCUGCGGUAGUGCCCUCCACCUCCACGACUGGCGUCGACCUUGCGACCUCCACAGCGACAGCGAUGGACUCAGAAUUCUACAACUACGACGGGCUGUCGUCGUUCUCGUUCACUCUGGGGGAAGAUAAUUCAGUGGACGAUUUUACGAUGGAUCUCAAUGCGGCCGAGUUUUGCCUUUCUGAUUUCAUCAAUUCUGACUUGUUCCAGCUUUGCCAGUUGGAUAAUGAACUUAUGGGGAAGACUGGCUGGUGCAACGACGACAACAAUGAGUUAAUUCUAUCUUCCCAUCAACCUCUCUUUCACCCCGACGAGAUACUGGAGGAAAAGACGAUAAGCGACUGUUUUAAGCCCGACGUCGUUUUGGACCUCCACUCUUUUGACCAUUUUUCUUGA